GUUGAGAAGAAACUCAUUUUUUUUUCUCUUGCUUAUUUUCGCUUGGCAGACAGAGAAUGCGGUUGUAUUUCGGUAAAAGGCAAAACAAAUGUCUGUGCAACAGUGCAAAAUUAAAUUCUAACCUUCCUGCUCUUGCUGCUGCAUGACUGGACAUUCAAAUGGGAAAAUGAUAAGAUUUGCCUAUGCAUCUAUGUAUCUAAUCUCUUCCCUUUCCCCAUCAUCGUCAUUCGAUCACUUCUUCCCGCUUUUCUUACAAAAGAGGGGGACUUGAUCUUUGAGCGACCUUGAUUGACUGCAAUCAUGGCGGCAAUGCCAAAGCCUACAUUGAAAGGCGCACAGGUUUCUGUGUUGCUUGGAUCUCAAUGGGGCGAUGAAGGAAAAGGAAAAUUGGCAGAUAUUUUAAGUUUGGAAAUGGACGUUUGCGCUCGUUGUGCGGGUGGAAAUAAUGCAGGUCAUACGAUCGUAGUGAAUAUGGGACCUGAAAAAGUCAAAACCACUUUUGACUUUCAUUUAUUACCUUCCGGUUUGGUCAAUCCACGUUGUGCGGGUUUCAUUGGUUCAGGUGUUGUCGUUCACGUUCCAUCCUUUUUUGCCGAAUUGGACGCUCUCGAGAAGAAAGGUCUCAACUGUGAUGGCCGUUUGUUCAUCUCUGAUCGUGCUCAUCUCGUCUUUGAUUUCCAUCAAGUUGUGGAUGGAUUGAAAGAAGUCGAAUUAGGCGGAAGCAGUAUCGGUACAACAAAAAAGGGAAUCGGACCGGCUUAUUCUUCCAAAGCAUCUCGUUCAGGUUUACGUGUUCAUCAUUUGUACGAUUAUGAGCUCUUUGCUACAAAAUUCCGUAAAUUGGUCGAAGGUCGUUUUAAACGUUACGGUCAUUUCGAAUAUGAUACCGAAGGUGAAAUCGCUCGUUAUCGUGCUUUUGCUGAACGUUUGAGACCUCACAUCGUUGAUGGUGUAACAUUUAUCCAUACAGCUUUGGCAAACAACAGAAAAGUGUUGGUUGAAGGUGCAAAUGCAUUAAUGUUGGAUCUUGACUUUGGUACAUAUCCAUUCGUUACAAGUUCAUCAACAAGUGUUGGUGGUGUUUGUACCGGAUUGGGUAUCCCACCUCAAGCGAUCGGUGAAGUGUAUGGCGUUGCAAAAGCAUACACAACCCGUGUUGGUGCUGGACCUUUCCCCACUGAAUUACUCGAUGAUACCGGAAAACACUUGCAAGAAGUUGGUGCUGAAUGGGGUGUUACAACCGGUAGAAGGAGACGAUGUGGUUGGUUGGAUCUGGUUGUUCUUCGUUAUUCAUGCUUGAUCAACGGUUACACUGCUUUGAAUUUGACCAAAUUGGACGUCUUGGAUCAAUUGGCUGAAGUCAAGGUUGCAGUAGGCUACAUUGUCAAUGGCAAGGAGUUGACAAGUUUCCCGGCUGAUCUGGAAAUCUUGGCAAACGUUCAAGUGAAAUAUGAAACUUUACCAGGAUGGCAAAGCGACAUCUCCAAAGUCACAUCGUUUGACAAAUUGCCCGUCAACUGUCAGCGUUACGUUGAGUACAUUGAGAAAUUCUUGAAUGUUCACAUCAAAUGGAUCGGUGUUGGACCAGGUCGUGACUCAAUGAUCGUUCGUUAA